ACAGCGACACAAACUAGUAAACUACUUAUUGAUCUUUUGUCGUUCGUGUUAUAAUUUUCGCCGACCAUUUUGUGUUUUCGUCUUUUUGACAUAAGUUGUGUAUUGUGUUUCGAUACUAUAUUCCGCAUAAUAAUGUCUAGAGCUAAGCUUAAUUCAUUAUUACUUGGCAACAGAUUUGGUUCUGAUUCUGAUGAAGACCAAAAAGGUGAUGAUGACGCUCGAAAAAAUGUAUACUUUACAGCUUAUAGUGACCCGGAGUUUAUCAGAAAAUUUCUUCUGAAAAAAACAUCGGUGCUGCGCAUUCUCAAGGAAAUAUCCGAUGACAUACUAUUCUUUACAGCAAGUACUGAUCCUAAUACUCCAAUGACACAGUUUCUGUUGACCCUUCGUUUUUUUGCUACUGGGAGUUUUGCAGUUACAGUUGCUGAUUUCGAUGGCAUGAGUGUUGAAACUGCUGUGAAGAUUGUAAAACGUGUGAGCAAUGCGUUGACCUUGAAUUAUGAUGGCAUUAUCAAGCCAAAAACACCCGUAGGUGCGAAAAACUCUGAUGAACCAUAAUAUUAACACAGUCGUCUUCAAAAAACUAUUGAUAAAAGGCAGAAUCCGAUUUCAAUUCUUAUUCAAUAUCUUUAAUUUUAAUACUUUUGUUUUAAAGAGAUGGUGUUAAACAUUUUCUCUACUUACUCUUUUCUUAAUAUUAUAUCACCACUGUAGAUUACAAAAUUGAUACAUUAAUGUCUUCACAAUAUGUCAAUAUCAAAAUAAAAUAAAAUUUCAGGCAAAUAA